UGCAACUCUGCACUGAUGACCCGAUUGCGCAGUGUUGUUGCCAUGCUUUCACCCUCAUUUCGGAUGCUCCCAUUUCCGGUCGAUUUCUCUUUGCCUGGCUUGUAAGCUAAGCUGCCAACAAAUACUGCUCCUCGCACUGUCGCACAGGCCAAAGCAUACUUCAGUUGAGCUAAGAACAGAGUCGAUUAGAGUUGGUGUGUGCCGUCAUGGCAAGGCCUCUGCUCCAGCCCAAGGCCGAUCGCUCGACAACCGCGUUCCACGCCGGAGCGCCGGCGACGACAUAUGUCCUCCUCGCCGUCGUCUUCGUUACUGCGGCCGCCGUCGCUGCGAUCGUCGUCUCCCUCUGCACCAGCGGCAAGAACGCCAGGCCGCGGAAGCAGCGCCGGUCGUCGCUGGCGCCGGCGCCGCAGGAGCAGGAGCAGGAAAACUACAGCGGCGGCAGGAGCAAGCCGCAGCUACUCGCCAGCCUCAGCGGCGUCGGCGUCAAGGCGGCCGCGGUGGCCAAGAUGGUCUCAUGGAACCGGCGGUCGCCGCCGGCUCCGGCGGGCGGGUGGAGCGGCGGCAGCGACGACGACGACGUGGCCGCCGACGGCGGCGCUCUAGCGGAGGACGAAGAGGCGCUGUGGAAGAAGACCAUCAUCAUGGGCGACAAGUGCCGCCCGCUCGAGUUCUCCGGCCACAUCGCCUACGAUUCCGACGGCAACCGGCUGCAGCCUCCGACGCCGGCGCCGGCCAAGGAGGACGCCGCGGCCGGUGCUGCCGACUUGCCGAGGCUUAGCAACGGCAUAUAGAUGCGUGCAGCGUGCGUACGUGGCCCCGCAGCUGAGAGUUCGACUGGUAAGGUGUGCGCCUGAGACUGAGAGGUCGUUGCAUCUCGUCAACUCGUCCGUGCCGUGUGCUCAGGCUGCUAGCUUUGCUUGGCCCCCCGUGUCUGAGUGUCUCCAUGGAUUUUGGAUAACCGAAGGUGUUGGGAUCGAUUGUCUAAACCUCGUCGAGUCGAGGCGGACACCCAUAUCGCUCUGAUGAAGCGUUUCGCCUUUUCUUCAAACUGAAUCAAAGUGGUGCAAGAGAGAUUCAAAUA